GACUAAAAUUAAAAUUCAUACAUAGCAACUUGUAAGCGACAUUAAAAAUUGUUUCUUAUUAACAGUUAGACUCAAUAGCUCUAUGCUUUUACGAGGGUGAAGAUACGGAGAACAAUUUAUCGGAAUAUCACAUAUUUAAAUAUCAGUAUAAAUCUGGCGAGGCGACAAUGACUAUCAGUUCAAAGAGCAAAGUUACAGAGACACGCACGUCAUGUACAUUACAGGAUGUCAAGAAGAAAACCUUACAAAUGAUUCGGGCGUGUAUGGUUUUUAUGAGUUGUUCAAAUUUAUUUACUGAAAAUACUAACAUCAGCAUUCGAAUUUAUUUUACUUCAGACGCACCCGAUGACUACGAAGUGCCCGGUUUCACAUUCGUGGACGAACAGACAGAUCCUUUAAUGCUAACUAUGAGUGAAUCCAUCAAAUUGGGUUGUGUCGAGACGCCAUAUCAUUCGCUAACAGCACGCGGGAAUAGAAGCUGUACUUUCAAGGACAGCAAUGAGGCGUAUGCAUCUCAAAAUGUGCCGGUCCUCACAAAUGACACGGAUUUUUCUGGUACAAUUCAGCCAAAAUGGAAUUGUCCGUGCAAUAAAUACAACGAUAAUCGCGAUACAGCACUGCUUACAUGCCAAUACUGUAAGAAUCUUCAACACGCGGUCUGUUAUGGUAUUCCCGAAGAGAAUGCCGCAGACGUCACAGGCCACUGUUGCAUACAGUGCUAUGAUAAUGAUAAUACUAGAACUACUACCGACUCUAGCCUAACCACGAUGUCCAUUAAGAAGAGAUCCUCGGUAUGCCUUUUCCGUCGUGCGCUUGCGGUGUCUCUGCAAAUGUCAACUGUAGGGUCCGAGGACUUUGUUCGUCAUCUCGAGUUAUCCGAGCUAAGUGCUAUUAAUCUCCUGCGAACAUUUUUCUCAUACGGAAUUAUUAAGAAGGAGCCCCAACCGAUGCUCCGGCACAAGAUAUUGAAGGAUAAGUUAAAUCGCGUGUAUUCCGAUUACUUUCAAAGAAGCAAAUUCGAUUCUAUUAUUUCUCAAUCUAAGGCAGUACCGAACGAUCCGUUAUCGCAAGUUUUAAGUCCUUCAGAACAAAUGAACUUACAAAGCGCUUCUAACAUUUGUGAAUUGGUUGAAAUGCCAUCUGGAAGUAACAAGAUUGAAUCCAUGGCGGAGUAUGAAGGGGCAAUUUCUAAUAUAGAUAUACAUAUGCCGCCAAUUAAAAAGGUCGCUAAACGGAAAAUACCUUCCCGAGCAAGUCAGGAGAAGGCAAAGAGAGGACGGAAGUAAUGCAUUUAUAAUUCGUAAAAUUUAAAUAGGCUUAUGACUAUAUAAUAUGUCGGAGCAAUGGCGCCAAAUUAUUUUUUUCUAUAUUUGACGUUAUUAAUGACAAUGACAAUGGCAGCUGACACUAACACCAAUGCUUCAACAUAAAAAAUACAGACUAUCAAAGAGGCGUUAAUUUGUAGAUCUAUUAAUAUUGGUAAAUAAAAUUAUAAUGAAAAUGGCAGCUGAUACCAGCGCCAUUGCUCCGACUUAUAUUAAUAAAACUAAAAACUGGAAUUUUUCGUAUCGUAAGGUAAAAUGAUUUUUAAGAAGAGUCUUUACAUUUUUUCUAGAACAUACUAAUAUGUAAUUUUAUUUUGAUGCAAGUAGACACGUUUCGUUCUUUGAAGAUCCCUAAGCCGAUAAUGUAUAAUUCAUUUAAAAAACGAUUAUAUUUUUUCUAUAAAGGCUUACGGGUUGAAUUUAAUUUCUUAGAUAUUUAA